UAUCUGUCACCUUAUCAUUCAUCAGUAUGGUGGAAUUGUCGAACCAGUUGAAGUACUUCCUUGGUUAUUUGACACUAUCAGCGGGGGCAACGGCGUUUGCCAUCUGGGGUGCGCUAACCACUUCGAAUACCUAUCUUGGAUUUCUGUAUCAAAUGACUGAUGGAAUCUAUUUGGGAAUUGUCCUCAACUUUCUAUUUUGCAUCUUCAUACUUUUUAGUACGUCAGCUCAACAUCUUAUAUUCGGAGAACUAAGGCUUUUAGAAAGAGAACAUGUCAUUGAACGGCUCCCCUUUCUUGUGGUGAAUUUACUCUUGAAUUUAACCACCAAAGAUAAUAACCUCACACUCAAUGUGCUUUUGUUGAUGAUCACCUUGUUCUCCAAAGUGAUGCACUCAAUUCUUAUGGACAGAUUGGAAUUUAAGCAAAUGAAAGUUGUAAAUGAACUUAACAAUCUGUCAUUCUACACCAUUGCUGAUGUUUUACAAUUUUAUGCAAAAAAUUCCUUUCUCUAUUGGAAUGUGGUGUUCCUCACCAUCGAUUUCUCGAUUGCAAAGUUUCUUGUCUACGAUGUUUUCCAAGGUAUUAAUUCAGUUCCGUGUCUUUUAUUUGGCUUGCAGUUUGCUGUUCAAGGAUUGGAAUGCUUAACUUUUUUCUUGAAGUGUAUGCUCGAUUUAUACGAGUUAGUAAGAUAUCCAAUCUAUACUCCCGAUGAAAUGGAUAUGGAUGACCUUGACAAUGACCUUGAUACUGAACCUUUGGAGAAAGUUUGGGAAAAUAAAGGCUUGUUCUCGAAAUCGAUUGAUAUUGCCUCCUCUUCCUUCAAGACCAUUUCCUAUCUUUGUUUCAUAUACUUGUUGACAACACUGGCAGGAUUCUCUGUUCCUAUUUCGAUGCUUCAGGGAACUUACCUAUGCAUGCGUGAUACAUAUAAAGAGGUCAAACAGUUACUAGCUUUUAUCGAGCUGUCAAAGCGUUUAGAUUCUCAAUUGACGGAUGCAAAAUCUGAAGAUUUGGAAAAUGACAGUAAGUGUAUCAUCUGUUUCGAUGAAAUGCUUUCUGCAGUCACGGAUGAAGGUCUGCAAAGAAGUAAUAUGAACUCCAGAUUAAAGCCUAAGAAAUUGAACUGUGGGCACGUGCUUCAUAUGGGUUGCUUGAAAGAUUGGCUUGAGAGAUCGGAUAACUGUCCUUUGUGUAGAAGAAGGGUGUUUGAAGAACCAGAAAUGCCUGGUACCCCGCAGGUUCAACAGCAGGAGCAACCACAACAACCACAACAACCACAACAACCACAACAACUCGAAACACGCCAAGAAAGACAACUCCUUGAUGAUCAAGAUCUCAGGCCUUUGCCUCGUCAUAAUGAAAUGCGAAGGAGAUUUGCCCAUUUUGAAGAAGCACUAGCUCAACAUAGACAAAGGCGGCAAGGGCCACAAUCUCGAUCAGCGUCUACUAAUGAAACCCGUCCUACACCCACUACAGAUUUCCCAGGAGCUCUACCAAGAGCUUAUUCCCAACCCGAGAGAAAUGAUUCAACUGAAGGAAAUAUCCAGACUCUUCACCAAAUUGUACUCCCUCGCAAUUCAGUUUUACCACCUAACUGGACAUUACUACCAUUGCGUAGGGCUAACCAGGAUGUCGUAGACUAUCAUGUUCAAUUUUCAAGGAAUGUCCUUGCUAAAUUACGAGUGCAUGAAAAGACAGCUGAAAGGGCCAUGAACAUCAUCGACCCUGGCUUGGUCACGUCUAGUGAAGAUACCCAAGAGCUCACGCGUCGUCAGAGUUAACUAUCUUGUAAAUGAAUAUUUUAUGCUAAUUUAUGUACUUAAUGAACUUCAAUCGAAAUCAAAGUCAAAAUCUAUGCUGCUGUCUGAAUCGUCAUUUCUUUCAUUGUUAAUUGUGUUUCUGGUUUCAGUUACGGGUACUACGUCCACAUACUGGUCUGCGAUCUCAUCUUCAUCGUCAUACUGAUCGGGUAUUUCUUCCUCUUCAUCGUCAAUGUAAGAAUCUGGAAUUUCAUCCUCUAAGCUUACUCUCUUCGAAAUCUCAGUACCUUCAUUGGCUUGUUCUAUUAUGGUAUCAUGAGAGACUUCAUCUUCAUUGUGGUUAUUGGUAUCA